CACUCUUCCUCGCCUGUUCGUUCUUUAAGAAAAGGGGUGAUAGUCAAUCGCUCCGUUCUAUUUCUUUCAGCGUUUCCAAGAGAGAAACCUAUAGCUUGUUCCAAGAUGCCGGCCAUGGGACCAUUCCCGCAUCCCGCUGACGGCUGUAAGCCAGCCUCACCGCCGGCGCUCACCGCAGACCAACAGCACAAGUACGACGAGCUCCUCGCCGCUGCACAAUCAUGGGAAACGCUCCCCAAAACCUCCGCAAAGAAUGCCGAACAAGCCGCCCUCUCCGACGACGAGCGCAUGUGGCUCACCCGCGAAUGCCUCCUCCGCUACCUCCGAGCCUCAAAAUGGAACCUCGCACACGCAAUCAAGCGUGUCCAAGACACGCUCAUCUGGCGCCGCGAAUACGGCACCGACACCUUCACUGCAGACUACAUAUCCGAGGAGAACGCGACGGGAAAGCAGGUCCUACUGGGCUUUGAUAACGAGGGGCGCCCCUGCUUGUACCUCCUGCCGAACAAGCAGAAUACGAAGAACAGCCCGAAGCAGGUGGAGCAUCUAGUCUACAUGCUGGAGAGGACGCUUGAAAUCGCGCCGCCCGGGCAGGAGUCGCUGGCGCUGUUGAUAGAUUUCCGGAAUAGCAGCGCGGGGAGCCAGCCGAGCAUUGGGACAGGGAGACAGGUGCUGCAUAUCCUACAAAACCAUUAUCCCGAACGGUUGGGGAGGGCGCUGAUUACGCACCUCCCGUGGUACGUCACCACCUUCCUGAAGCUUGUCUCCCCCUUCAUCGACCCCGUAACCAAGACGAAAAUGCGCUACAACGAGCCCCUCACCGACCACAUCCCCUCCUCACAACUCAUGAAGAAUGCCGGCGGCGAGGUAGACUUCGAGUACGACCACAGCGUGUACUGGCCCGCUCUCGCCUCUUUAGCUGCGGAGCGCCGGAAAGAACGGAAGGAGCGUUGGGAAGCCGCUGGGAAGGUUAUUGGAGAGAGUGAGAUCUACCUUUGGGGCGGCGAGGAGAAGAGCGUUGGUGUCAAAGAGGAGGGCAAAACGGAGGCUGUUGAGAACGGGGUGGCGAAGGAUGAGGAGAAGACAGAUAAGAAAGAGGAGGCCAUCGAGACGGCGAAGAAGGAGGAGGAUAAGAGCAGUGUGCUGGCAGAUGAUGACGACCUUGACGAGAAGAAAGCUGCCGAUCUCGUCAACGGGGUGGCGAAGAUGAAUGUCCAGGAUGCACAGGAGCCGGUCAGGGUGGCGGCAGCCUAAUUCAUAGGCGGAGCGUGUCCAUAAUGAUGGCUUCGUUUUGAGGGAGGAAUUCGCUCAAGCGACGGACUGCUAAUUACUGAUGCAAACGCAUCUAUGAGCGUUCGGGCUGGAUAGCAGGACAAUUGUGUAGACGGUAGACAAACCUUCUAACUCUCACGUUUAAUGAUACUCUUUGAUACCAC